ACCUGUCAUCUUUGUGAAUGGCACUGAGCCUAGCCCAAAGAACCUGAGACCGUCCCCUGCCAACACAGUUAUGUUCUCCUGCAACUCGAGGAGUGACGUUCAAGGACACCAGUCGGACUUGCUGGACGUCCGCAACUGCCUCGACAGCCUAGGUGGCGUUCGGAGGCGGAGAGCGCGAGCUGGAUUCUGGCCACCGUUGGGACCCGAGACGGCCGCCCCGGGGCUGGCUGCUAACGGCUGACCCGGAGACCCCGGCGCCGCAGGCCCCGCCUCCCGCGACCACGUCCAGGCUUGGCCCUGCCCCCGGCUCGCGGAUAGCGGCCCGGGACCGCGACCCGCUGAGGCUCCGCCCCGUGAGUCCUGCUCCACCGGCCGCCCGCCCGGCCCGGUGGGCGCGGGGCCGCCUCUCCUGGCUGGCAGCGGUGACUCGGUGACCUUGAACCUAGAGCCCGAGAGGGGAACCCACUGACCCCUUAGAGGCACAGACUUUGUCCAGCGCGAGGGGCGGAGCGGACCUCGUGUCCGCACACAGGCUGGGACGAUGUUGGCCUUUGCUGCCAGGACCGUAGUGAAGCCCCUGGGCCUCCUCAAGCCCUUCUCCCUGAUGAAGGUUUCUGGUCGCUUCAAGGCCCACCAGGAUGCACUGCCAAGACUGCCCGUGCCCCCACUGCAGCAGUCUCUGGACCAUUACCUCAAGGCACUGCAGCCCAUCGUGAGUGAAGAAGAGUGGGCCCACACCAAGCGACUGGUGGACGAAUUUCAGACCUCAGGGGGUGUAGGGGAACGCCUGCAGAAGGGACUGGAGCGCAGGGCCAAGAAAAUGGAGAACUGGCUGUCUGAGUGGUGGCUCAAGACAGCCUAUCUCCAGUACCGCCAGCCCGUGGUCAUCUGCUCCAGCCCAGGAGUGAUGCUGCCCAAGCAGGACUUCGUGGAUCUGCAGGGGCAGCUCCGGUUCGCUGCCAAACUCAUCGAGGGUGUGCUGGAUUUCAAGUCCAUGAUUGACAACGAGACCCUGCCAGCUGAGUUCCUGGGGGGAAAGCCACUGUGCAUGAACCAGUACUAUCAGAUCCUGUCCUCCUGCCGUGUGCCGGGCCCCAAGCAGGACUCCGUGGUGAAUUUCUUAAAGACGAAGAAGCCCCCCAUGCACAUAACCGUGGUGCACAACUACCAGUUCUUCGAGCUGGAUGUGUACCACAGUGACGGGACGCCCCUCACCUCGGAUCAGAUCUUUGUGCAGCUGGAGAAAAUUUGGAACUCAUCACUGCAAACCAACAAAGAGCCUGUUGGCAUCCUCACCUCUAACCACCGCAACACCUGGGCCAAGGCCUACAACACCCUCAUCAAAGACAAAGUAAACCGGGAGUCGGUAAACUCCAUUCAGAAGAGCAUCUUCACUGUGUGCCUGGACAAGCCAGUGCCCAGAGUCUCAGACGAUGUCUACCGCAACCAUGUAGCAGGCCAGAUGCUGCAUGGUGGUGGCAGCAAGCUCAACAGUGGCAACCGCUGGUUCGACAAGACACUGCAGUUCAUUGUGGCAGAAGAUGGAUCCUGUGGGAUGGUUUAUGAGCAUGCAGCUGCAGAAGGGCCCCCCAUUGUCGCUCUUGUGGACCAUGUCAUUGAGUACACAAAAAAGCCUGAGCUUGUGCGAUCUCCUAUGGUGCCCUUGCCCAUGCCCAAGAAGCUGCGGUUCAACAUAACCCCUGAGAUCAAGAACGACAUCGAGAAAGCCAAACAGAACAUCAGCAUCAUGAUCCAGGACCUGGACAUCACCAUACUGGUAUUCCAUCACUUUGGAAAGGACUUCCCCAAGUCAGAGAAGCUAAGCCCUGACGCCUUCAUCCAGAUAGCCCUGCAGCUGGCAUACUACAGGAUCUAUGGACAGGCAUGUGCCACGUAUGAAAGUGCCUCUCUGCGUAUGUUCCACCUGGGCCGCACUGACACCAUCCGCUCAGCCUCCACAGACUCACUGGCCUUUGUCAAAAGCAUGGAUGACAGCAAUGUGCCGGAGCAGCAGAAGGUGGAGCUGCUUCGGAAGGCCGUGCAGGCCCACCGAGCCUACACUGACCGAGCAAUCCGAGGGGAGGCCUUUGACCGGCACCUCCUGGGUCUGAAGCUGCAAGCCAUUGAGGACCUUGUGAGCAUGCCCGACAUCUUCAUGGAUACCUCCUAUGCCAUUGCUAUGCACUUCAACCUUUCUACCAGCCAGGUGCCUGCCAAGACAGACUGCGUCAUGUUCUUCGGCCCUGUGGUCCCAGAUGGAUAUGGCAUCUGCUAUAACCCCAUGGAAGCCCAUAUAAACUUCUCCGUGUCGGCCUACAACAGCUGUGCCGAGACUAACGCUGCCCGCAUGGCUCACUACUUGGAGAAAGCUCUGCUGGACAUGCGCAGCCUACUACAGAACCACCCCAGGGCCAAGCUCUGAGCCCAGGCCAAGGCCUGCCAGUACUACAACCACGCCUUCUUUGGGAUGGACACCUGCCAUGGCUGUUCCUUGGUUCCUGUGCCCUCCAAUUUGACUGAGCCAGGGAAAACCUCUAGCAGGGCCCCAAGGUCCAAGCCAAGUGCCUUCCAGGUCCUGUCCUCAGCAUCUGCCAUAGUCCAAGUGCCAGGGUUGAGUUCAGCUCACCACCAUGAGCCCCAGGGAACCAGGCUAGCCCAUCUCAUAGAGCUGGGGCUGUGAGGAGCCCCUUUCCUCAGCCCUGGCCAGUCACUACCGUCUCCACAGCCAAGCUGAAAUGUGUCACCUAUGAAAGCCCAAGGACCAGGACUCAGAGAACUAUCUCACGCUGAGGCUCUCGGCCCCCUGAGGCCUCGCCUCCAUCACCCACCUCGAGGUGCCAUCUCCCAGUUGCUGCGCUCUUUCUGGUGACUCCUGCCCCAGCCUUCUUGCUUCCAUUCAGCUUGUCCAGAACUACAUUCAUGGUUCAUAUGUGAAUAUUCCAGGUGAUCAAUAAAGAGAAGUG